AUGGCAAGCAGUAAGUGUAUUUGAUGAGAUUGAUAAGGGAUACUUGCAUUUCGAUACGUAUCGUGUUGAUCAUUUUGGAUCGUUAUUCUCGAAUAAGAAAAGUUAUCGACAUAUUUUUGUGGUUGUUGAUGCAUUUACCAAAUUUUACGAGGUCAUAUGUCACAAAAUUCACAAAAUUUGCGAAGGUAAUCGAUCGAUUAAAGAAGCAAUCCUAUGUAAUUGGAAAUCCUAGACAAAUUUUUCAGAUCGAGGUUCAGCGUUUAUAUCAAGUGCCGUUGAAAAAUAUCGUAAGGACAUAAAAAUACAGCGUGUGCUGAUAGCAAUAGGUGUUUCUCGAGCGAAUGGUCAGGUUCAGAGUAAACAGAAAUCUUAUACCAUUACUGACGAAGUUAUAUGCGUCAAAAGCAGACGAAUGAUACAAGUUCCUUGCGGUUGCGCAGAAAUAUUUGAAUGCAUACUCCUAUAGUAGGAGUGCACACCACACCGUUCUAUUUAUUGUUCGGAACACAUAUUGAGCUGCGGGAAAAUUUGAAGAUUCGGCGGUCAAUAGAUGACGAAUGGAUCACUAUGUUUCAGGAAAAAACGCCAGAAGACUCGAACUGGAGCAAAAGAAAAGAUCCCUGA